ACGAUGUACACACUCAGAGUCCUUGUCGCAUUCGCCACUUUGGCCAUCGCGUAUGGCAAGCCCAGCUUUGGACCUUUGGCCUACUCUGCUCCUCUCGCCAGCUACGCAUCCUACGUACCUUCCACCUACGCCUACACCGCUCCGGCCGUCGCCGCCCCAGCUGUAGCUCCUGUUCCAGCUGUGACCACCGCCGCCGUCGCCACCCCAGCUGUAGCUCCAGUUCCAGCUCUGACCACCGCCGCCGUCGCCACCCCAGCUGUAGCUCCAGUUCCAGCUCUGACCACCGCCGCCGUCGCUGCUCCAGCAUACCCCGUCCCUCUUACGUACUCCGCCUACGCUCCAGCUGCUUACCCCGUGUCAUCCUACGCUGCCUACUCAUACCCCAACUACUACAACGCCUACUCUACCUACGCCGGAUACUCUCCCCUGACCUACAGCAGCUACUGGAAUCCCGCCUCCGUCUACUACAAGAAGAAGUGA